CUCAGAUUUGAGUAAGUAGAUUUCAGACCCUGAAACUCCGUAUUCACACAGUUCCUCCGUGGUUCUCUUGUCCGUGACGGGUUAAAGAAGUGGAGGACCGCCCGGGUCUCGGAUGAUUUUUCAUCCCUACAGGUUGUAUGCUGGUUAGGCUCCUUUUUCGCAGUUGUUUGUGAACUGCAGAGCGGAUUUAUAGACUUUGGAGUUACUGUAAGCCAACCGCUUCCCAGAAAGCGAAAGUAAAUUUCUCUGAAGCUUUGUCAGCUGUGUGAAGCUGACACCCCACCCACGUCAAAAACUCCAGCAAAUAGUCUGAGUGGUUGGUGCUCCGUUUGUGCAGCAUGUCCUCCACUCUAACUCGUCAUGUGAUCUGGCAGUCCGACGGGCUGGUGGCCUACCUGAACCCCCGGCCCUGGACCCCGGGCUCCGUGAUCCUGGAGAGCCGCGCUCCAGGCAGCGCAGGAGGCAGCAUCUUCCACCUCAGUGAGUCUGAGUGCUCGACCUGGCUGCUGGGGGCGAGGACCGUCGCUGAGCUGCUGUGUGACAGGCUGGGUGUUCGGAGGUGUGCUCUGGUCAGCAGACCCCACAGAGACAAACCUGCUCAGAUCCGUGUGCUGCCCCUCCACGGUCUGGACGCAGAGUGGCGCCCCCACCUGGCCGGAGAGGAGGAGCACAACGCUCACGACCCGGGAUACUGCACCUCCAAAACGGCUCCUCGAUGGAGCGACUCCAGCCUGACUGACGUCCAGAAGCGAAUCAGGGCGAAGCUGCCGCUCCCCGAUGCGCCGCCCGAUCUCACGUUCCUGGGCGACGACCCGGCUCACGCCGGCCUCUUCUCGCGCAUCGUCCGAGGGGAGGAGAAGCAGUGGCGCGUGUGGGAGGACGAAAGCCAUGUCGCCUUUCUCACUCCGUUCCCCAACUCUCCUGGCUUCACCGUGCUGGUUCCGCGGCGACCUCUGACCUCCGACAUAUUCAGACUGCAGAGAGGAGACUACGAAGCGCUGGCGUCGGCUGCCAGGAAGGUGUCGCUGCUCUUGGAGGAAGGACUCGGCGCCUGGGGGGUGGGGCUUAUUUUCGAGGGCUUUGAGAUCGACUACGCUCACGCCAAGCUGAUUCCUCUGCUGUCACCUUCACCGUCAGGGGAAGGAAGCGAAGCCGCCACGCCUCGCUGCCCGCACUUCCACCCUACUUACCCGGGUUAUGUCACGUCAGAGGACGGACCUGAAGCUGACCUGGAGAACCUGAAGGAGAUGCAUGCUAAAAUUACUGAAGCUUAAUGUCGCUGCGUUUAAGUGAAAGUUUUUUUUUGACCAAUCACUAAACUGUGCUUGUUUUCCUUCAGCCAAGCAUGUAAAUAAAAUAAAUCAUCAAGCAAGUAUUUUGUCUUUCCAUCAAAAACAUUGACUUUUUAUUCAGAAAUCUGAUUAAAACUAUGUGAAUACUAACAUUCCAGUAAAUGUAAAAGUUGUGAUCUUUACAAAUCAGACUCCAGUGUAUGCAUUUUAAAUAACUUCUUAAUAUAAACUCUAACUUUAUCAUAUAUUCAACACAAAAGUUGCAAACACAAUGCCCCCCCACCAAUAAAUGAAACAAA